UAACGAGAUGGCUGAAAGCUUAGAUGCACUAAUGGAAAUUUUAUUUAUAUACAUUCAGGAUUUCUGUUAUUUAGAUGGUGAUUAUUUGGUUGAUGCAAGCACAGAAUUGUACCAUCAAGUUAUAACUGUAUUUGAGAAGAUAAUCCUUCCAACUCAUGCAAGCUGCCAUAWUCAUUUUAUUGUAUUGUAUAUUUGUAGUUUAGACCAGGUGUUUGUAAAUUCCUUUUUGGAUUUUUGCUGGAAAAAGAUUGAAAACCCGAGCAUACCAGCAAUAUUACGCCAAGCAAGUUCUGCCUACAUGGCCAGUAUUGUAGCAAGAGCUAAAUUCAUUCCAACAAGCACUGUAAAACUUUGUCUUGAAUUACUUGUUCACUGGAUACAUUGCUAUAUUGAUGCGCAUGAUGCUACUUGUUUUGGUCCCGAUGCCUCAAAGCAUGGGCCGUUUUACUCUGUUUGCCAGGCCUUGUUUUAUAUGUUCGUAUUCAGACAUCGAACGCUCCUUGAACUCGAAGAAGGUCACAAAUUCAUUAGAAGAUUCAACUUUGAACGUAUAAUUACAUGCAGAUUAAACCCACUAAAGGUCUGUCUACCCACUGUCGUCAACCUCUUUGCUCUUGUUACAAGUCGACAUCAGUUAGUACUUUGCUACACUGUUAUCGAGAGAAAUAAACGUUCUCUUCUUCCCAUCGCGUCCAUACAGUCGAAUAAGGCGGUGUCUCGUUUGACUGUCUUCAAUCAACUCGACUCGUUCUUCCCGUUUGAUCCGUAUCUCUUGCGAAAAUCUAGUAGAUUCAUCAAACCGUUAUACCAGGAAUGGGAAGGAAUAGAGGAAGAUACUGCUGACCUUCGGGAUGAGGUCGACGAAAAAGACAAAGGUUUUGAUAGCGAGGAUGAUGAAGAGUACAUGGAGUAUGGUAAAACACCGGAUAUCGACGUACCCGGUCUUACACCCGAUACGGCAAUGUGUAUCUCUCCGGGAUUUGUACAAUCUCCGCCGGGCAGAUAAACCUUAUGUUUUACAAUCAAUCAUGCUUCAUAACGGACUCACAAAAUGAUAGAAAAUACUUUCAAAAUCUCGUUUUAUAUUUAUUUUAUACUAAAAUACAAUUGCAUUAAAAAUAUAUGUAUAUUAAUGAUUUGAAAAUAUUU